UUUGAAUUAUCACUCAAACGAUUCGAGUUCACUUGUGAAUAAUAAACAACAUUUAAAAAAUGGCAAAACUUUUUGUAAUUUUGACAGUUUUCUGUAUUUUUGGAGGUGUCUUAGUUAAAGGAUUUGAUAAAAAGGCAGCUGUGGAGGCAUUUCUGGCGAAAACGGAUGAUUGCAAAGCUGAAGUAGGAGCUAAAGAUUCCGAUGUUGAGGAAUUAGUUGGCAAGAAAGCUGCCUCUACUAUGGAAGGCAAAUGUUUACGUUCUUGUCUAAUGAAAAAAUAUGAAGUGAUGGAUAAUAAUGGUAAAUUUCUGAAGGAUGUUGCCUUAACACAUGCUCACAAAUACACCGAUGGCUCUGAGGAAAGAAUGAAAAUUGCUCGUGAAAUAAUUGAUAACUGUAGUAGCAUUGCUGUCUCAGAUGAUCAUUGUGAAGCUGCCGAACAAUAUGGAAAAUGUUUCAGUGAUCAAGCUAAGGCUCAUAACAUAAAGGAUGAUUUUGAUUAUUAA